GGAGGACACCGUAUCAUCAGUUUCAACAACAACAUUUCGUUUGUAAAAUCGAAGAGAUAGGCUAGCGCUAGUGACGAAUGUUAUCAUUUUUUUUCUCUCUAAAUGCCGAGUUGCCGAGUCUCAACAUACGUUGAAUGAUGGACACCGGGGACCUAGAUGAAGUAACAGGAGAAUUAGAGCAACCCCAUCACCCACCUGAUCAAGGAGAUGGGGGAAGUAGAACCAUACUCAUCAAAAUAGAACCCUUGGAUGAAGAACAAUCCAUGGACCAGUGGUUGAACCUAGCCAACAAUCAAAAUCCAGAAACAAGAUUGAAUCCAGCAGGUGUGAAAAGGGAGCCUGAUGAAAGCUUUGAAGAUGAGAAGCAGAGGGUAAAAAAUAUUAAGGAGGAGGAGAAGGAGGAUGAAAGGGAUGGCUCAUCGUCUUCAGAGGAGGAAAGAACCAAAAGCUCAUCAGAGGAUGAGGGGGAGGAGAAUGAGAAGGGGCAGGAAGAUUCCGGGGAUGGCUGGAUAGAAGAAGAUGAACCCCAAGAUGAGAUGGAGGAUGCAGAGAAACACAGUGCAGAUGAAAAAUCCGAUUUUGAAGCAAGUGAAAAGGAUUCCAGUCAAUCUCUCAACCAGGAGGUAAGCUGUCAAGUGAAGUGCAAUAAAGACAUGAACAGCUGCAGGAAUGCAUCAACUCAAUGUACUUGCAGUGGGAAACUUGGUGAAAAUAUUCCCGACAGACCUAACAAGUUUGAUAGGCAAUCUGAAGAUCAGUUGACUAUAGACGGCAUAAGCGUUGAGGAUGGAGAUUCCAUGAAAGACUUUGACGUAGACAUGUACAACUCUAUUGAGGAGUUGACAGAACAGGAGGACCUUGCAGGACAUAGGGAUACCCACAUAGGAGAAAAGUCCACUACUGCAGGGAAGCCAUAUCAAUGUGCAAACUGUGGAAAGACAUUCCGCCGUAAGGGGAAUCUCUCAAAUCAUUUGGUCAGCCACAAUGAGGACAAAUCUUUUCGUUGUGCUCAGUGCGACAAGAGAUUUUCGGAGCAUGCCAAGUUCACCAGACAUAUGAAACACCACUCGAGCUUUAAGCCCCACAUGUGUCCAAAUUGCAACAAGAGCUUCCCCUUCAGGUGUAAAUUAACCGCUCAUAUGAUGGUUCAUACAGGAGAGAAGCCGUUUCAAUGUCCUCAAUGCAAGAAGAGAUUCACACAUGAGUAUAACCUAUCAAGUCAUAUGUUUAUCCACGCAGGACAGACGCGCCAUCGGUGCCCACACUGUGGUAAGGGGUUUUACUCAAACAAUGAUCUCCUAAGGCACAUUCGCAGCCACACAGGGGAGAAGCCCUUUCAAUGUUCAGUAUGCAGUAGAAUUUUCACGCGCAAGUCAACUCUAAAGGCACACAUGAUCAUCCAUACUGGGGAGAAGCCAUUUGAGUGUCUGUACUGUGACAUGACAUUUCCUCGUAAGAUCACGUUACAGAAGCAUAUGAAUAGCCACACUGGCGAAAGCCCAAACCAAUGUCAUGUUUGCGAGAAGAGAUUCACUACCAGAAGCAGUCUUAAACGACAUACCAGAAUUCACUCAGGAGAAAGACCCUACCAAUGUACCAUAUGCAACAAGAGUUUCUCUUACAAGAGAACUCUUAUAGAACAUAUGAAUAGCCACACAGGAGCAGAGCCAGGAGCAGUCUCAAACAACAUCUCGCCCAGAUACACAGCAGUGAGAAAACUUUACUAAUGGCUGGAAUACGAGUUAUUGAUAAUGAUAAUAAUAAUAAGUAUAAUUUUUAUUACCCAGAGAAGCUUUUAUAUCAGCAUAAAUGCUGUUCCCACUGGCCCUGUAAUUCUGAUUACCCCAUCAAUUGCUAGGUACCCACCUGGGUUGAGAGUGGCAAAUGUGGAUUAAUGUCCUGCCAAAGGAAGUUAUCACCCGGCUGGCGUUCAAACCUUAAGUCCUUGUUAAUUUAUUUAGUAAUUUAUUUCUGAUAUUUAUACACGGUAGGACAUUUUCAUCAAUUAUGGCACUGGUCUUUCUUGAAGCCCUGAUUAGUAAAAAUAAUACCAACACUUAUGAAUAUAAACUGAUAAUAGCUACAAACCAAAAUACAGAAGAAAAUGAAAAAAUAGCUGUACCACUAAACCACAACACCCGGGCAGGGCCGGGCGGAUCCAGCUGGCGGCAUGGGAAAGCGGGAAUCCAGGAUUCUCUGGCGGGAGGGUGAGGGAGGGGGCUUAUUUCAAGAAAUUAUUUGAGAAUCCUCCCCCCCCCCCC